UCCAGAAUGGAGAAAGGGGUGGGGGUAACAGUAACACACUACCAUUAGCGCUAACACACAGUAUCCAUAUUAGUGAGUCACAGUGAAUUCACAGGCAGAGCUGUAUUGAAUGGAGCGGAGUGGCUUCUCCGAGGAAGUAAAGCACAGUAGCAGCAGAACCCCUGUUGUUGGGACAUGCAUGGUGUAGCUACAAAAGGACUUCCUCUUUUCAGGUUUAGCACUGCUACCAGACCAUGCAGAGCCUCGUCGGGGAGGCAGAAACUGGGGAAGAGAGGCGAGAAGCAUCAUUGCAGAUAACGGAUUCCUUGGACACCGCCCACACAUACCAACCCUGGGAUUCGCUAACUCACCUGGCGACGGUGCUGGGUAGGACAGAACCUCGGCCGUCGGAAUGGAACAGCAGAUUGGACCAAAGUUUCUCUCCACUGCCCAGAGUGACCAGGGAGUCAGUGAGACAGUAUCUGCAGUUUCCCCCUGACCAAUCUGUGCGAAUACUCCAUGCAAAGGUCGCCCAGAAAUCAUACGGCAACGAGAAACGGUUCUUCUGCCCUCCUCCUUGUGUUUACAUCAGUGGCUCAGGAUGGAAACUGAAACAAGAUGUUUUGAAUGCCACUGGUGCAGGGGACUCCUGCUACAGACUCUAUGGUUAUAUGGGCCUGGACAGCUCCUGUGUGACCCAGGCAGACACCUCCAAACUAGCCUUCGAGGACCAGCCUGAUGCCAGGAUGUUUGCCUGCGCCAAGUCCCUGUACAUCUCUGACACAGACAAAAGGAAGCACUUUCGCCUGGUCCUCAAGCUCUUCCUUGGUAACGGGCAGGAGAUUGGCUCCUUCCUCAGUAAGCUGAUCAAAGUUAUCUCCAAACCGUCCCAGAAGAGGCAGUCUAUGAAGAACGCUGACUUGUGCAUUUCCACGGGGUCGAGGGUGGCUCUAUUCAACCGCUUGCGGUCCCAAACGGUCAGCACACGUUACCUGGCCGUAGAACGAGGGGCCUUUGUAGCCAGUGCCAGACAGUGGACUGCAUUUACAGUCACUCUAGUGGAUGACCAGCAUGCUGACUCGGAGGAGUUCACGGUGUGUGAGGGUUUCAUCUGCUACGGCUGUGUGGUUCAGCUGGUCUGCACUGACUCCGGGGUGGCCCUGCCCCCCAUGGUGAUCCGCAAGGUGAACAAGCAGCACGCCAUCCUAGAUGUGGACGAGCCCGUCUCCCAGCUUCACAAGUGUGCCUUUCAGUUCAAGGACAACAGCCAGAUGUACCUCUGUCUGUCUAACGAGAGAAUCAUACAGUACCAGGUCUCAUCCAGUCUGAGGGAGCAGAGCAGAGAGGUGCUGAACGAUGGAUCAUGUUGGACCAUCAUCGGUACAGAGGCAGUGGAGUAUACGUUCUGUGAGGGCCUGGCCUGCGUUCAGAGCGCCAUCAGCCCAAUACCUGUCAUCACAGGACUGGAGGUGAAUGGUGGAGGACACGUAGCCAUGCUAGAAGUAAAUGGAGAAAACUUUGGCCCCCAUCUGAAAGUUUGGUUUGGAAAUGUGGAGGCAGAAACUAUGUUCAGGUCACCAAAGUCCAUGCUGUGUGUGGUUCCAGACGUGUCCGUGUUCAGUGGGGAGUGGAGAUGGCUGCGGCACCCCAUCACCGUACCUCUGUCCCUCAUCCGUCUGGAUGGUCUGAUCUACAGGAGCACCUUCAGCUUCACCUACACCCCUGAACACAACACCCCCCCGCAGGCCAGAGGGGCACUGCAAAAUGCCCCAGAGUCUGACACUCUCAUAGACUUCAUCCACCAAGAGUUCACACGCACCAACUUCCACUUGUUCAUGCAGAACUAGCUAGUAGGGCUGGGCUGCAUUAUGAUUCUUUACCCUUCUCCUGAGGUGUGCACUCAUUCACCCCCCCUCCUGCAUUUAAAAGCAUUGGAUCGGAGCAAGCAUGGCUGGGGGAAGUUUCCACCAUAUUCCUGACAGCAGCUCAUUCCUUUUUCUUCUUUGUUUAGAGUGCUUUUUAUGUCCCUCAGGAAUUAUGUAUGUACAUGUUGCUAAACACUCAAUUGAACAGUUGGAUCACAUACAUACAUAGUGCUCCCGAGGCUCCCGAGUGGCGCGGCUGUCUAAGGCACUGCAUCUCAGUGUUAGAGGUGUCACUACAGACCCUUGUUCAAUUCCAGGCUGUAUCACAACCGGCUGUGAUUGGGAGUCCCAUAGGGCGGCGCACAAUAUGCCCAGCGUCAUCUGGGUUAGGGCUUAGCUGGGGUAGGCUGUCAUUGUAAAUAAGAAUUUGUUCUUAACUGUUAAGGAUAAAUAAAUACAUCUAUGCAGUAAAGUUACUAAAGGUAUUUGUUUUCUCUGUAAAUCCCCAUUUUGGCAUGUCCCAAGUCAUGUACGUCCAACUUCUAGGAAGAAUUUAACCCACUUAACCCCAAGAUUUCACCAAGUUUUCACUAUCAUUUUGAAGCCCUAGUUAUUUUGUUGCUUUGGGAAAGAAAUUUCAAAUGAUUUUUUACUUGUAUAAUGUGGUUAGUAAUUAAUGUACAUGUGUCCCUCAGGUGAGAUGGUUCUACUCUUUUUGGACAUUUUCUGGUACACGUCAACCCUGUUACCCAUAGAAAUGUAUUAAAAAGUAAUAAUUUUUGUUAAGGUUGCAUAAAAUUGCACCUCCCCCCUGCACACAAAAAGCUCCCAUUCCCCCUGUCACAAGGGGAGAUAUUGCUGAUUUAAGAUUAAAUCCACAACCCUUUUACGGUCAACCCUGUAGCUGUAAUAGACAUUUUAUAGUAAUCUUUCUUUAAAUGUAACCUUUUGACAAGGAAAGCAUGUUUAUUAAGACAUAAUAGCACAUCUACUUUGUGCAUGACAGUGCUCUUUAUGACAGUGUUAAAAUUAGGUGAAAUAAAUAGUUAUUUUUGACAAAUUACACUACCCAAAAGGCACUCUAUUUGUGAAAUGACACAGCAGUACUUACUGCAUCUUCAUUACAAUGGUCUUCUCUUCACAUCUUCGGUAAGGACAGGAGAGGCCUGUGUACAAACAACUGUGACAUGUUGCUUAAAAUAUGUACAGUUGAGGUUGGAAGUUUACAUACAACCUAGCCAAAUACAUCUAAACUCAGUUUCACAAUUCCUGAUAAUUAAUCCUAGUAAAAAUGUAUUCCCUGUCUUAGGGUCAGUUGGGAUCACAACUUUAUUUUCAGAAUGUGAAAUGUCAGAAUAAUAGUAGAGAGAAUUAUUUAUUUAAGCUUUUACUUCUUUCAUCACAUUCCCAGUGGUUAGAAGUUUACAUACACUCAAUUAGUAUUUGGUAGCAUUGCCUUUAAAUUGAUUCACUUGGGUCAAACGUGUCGGGUAGCCUUCCACAAGCUUCCCACAAUAAGUUGGGUGAAUAUUGGCCCAUUCCUCCUGACAGAGCUGGUGUAACUGAGUCAGGUUUGUAGGCCUCCUUACUCGCACACACUUUUUCGGUUCUGCCCACAAAUGUUCUAUAGGAUUUAGGUCAGGGCCACUCCAAUACCUUAACUUUGUUGUCCUUAAGCCAUUUUGUCACACCUUUGGAAGUAUGCUUGGGAUCAUUGUCCAUUUGGAAGGCCCAUUUGCGACCAAGCUUUAACUUUAACUGAUGUCUUGAGAUGUUGCUUCAAUAUAUCCACACAAUUUUCCUGCCUCGUGAUGUCAUCUAUUUUGUGAAGUGCACAUGUCCCUUUUGCAGCAAAGCACCCCCACAACAUGAUGCUGCCACCCCUGUGCUUCAUGGUUGGGACGGUGUUCUUCGGCUUGCAAGCCUCCCCCUUUUUCCUCCAAACAUAACGAUGGUCAUUAUGGCCAACAGUUCUAUUUUUGUUUCAUCAGUCCAGAGGACAUUUCUCCAAAAAGUACGAUCUUUGUCCCCAUGUGCAGUUGCAAACCGUAGUCUGGCUUUUUUAUGGCCGUUUUGGAGCAGUGGCUUCUUCCUUACUGAGCGGCCUUUCAGAUUAUGUUGAUAUAGGACUCUACUGUGGAUAUAGAUACUUUUGUACCUGUUUGAUUUUCACUUUUCACACCAAAGCCCAUCACCUCUAUGAGACCGAACGCGUCUCCUUCCUGAGCGGUAUGGCGGCUGCGUGGUCCCAUGGUGUUUAUACUUGCGUACUAUUGUUUGGACAGAUGAAUGUGGCACCUUCAGGCGUUUGGAAAUUGCUCCCAAGGAUGAACCAGACUUGUGGAGCUCUACCAAAAAAAUUCUGAGGUCUUGGCUGAUUUUUUUCUUUUUUUCCAUGAUGUCAAGCAAAGAGGCACUGAGUUUGAAGGUAGGCCUUGAAAUACAUCCACAGGUACACCUCCAAUUGACUCAUAUUAUAUCAAUUAUCCUAUCAGAAGCUUCUAAAGCCAUGACAUCAUUUUCUGGAAUUUUCCAAGCUAUUUAAAGGCACAGUCAACUUAGUGUAUGUAAACUUCUGACCCACUGGAAUUGUGAAACAGUGAAUUAAGUGUAAUAAUCUGCCUGCAAACCAUUUUUGGAAAAAUUACUUGUGUCAUGCACAAAGUAGAUGUCCUAACCGACUUGCCAAAUCUAUAGUUUGUUAACAAGACAUUUGUGGAGUUGUUGAAAAACUAGUUUUAAUGACUCCAACCUAAGUGUAUGUAAACCUCUGACUUCAACUGUAGAUAAUGAAGCAUAAGCAUGCAUGUCUCAGUUAAGCUCGGAGAGAAACACAUUUUUUGGCAACAUACCUUUUUUGGCAAGUAUGAUUUCCCAAAGCGUUUAUUAAUAACAUGCCAUGAUGAGGCCAUGGUGUGUUAAUCUAUAAUCCAGAGGAUGCCUGUCAUAUUUGUUAAUCUCAACAUGAAUAAUUUAUCGCUCCAUUUAUUCAAAGUAGUGGAUGGCAGCGACAACACUCAGUCAGUGGGCCAAUUACGAGGCUCUGAGAUUUCAGACUACAUUAUAGGUCCUCAUUGGCUAGUUGUCUUCUUGCUGCUGUAGUGCAGCUGCCCUGAGAGCUAAAGGCUGAUUUGUAUCACUUAACCUGGGAAAACCAGGUAGGCCUGAGAACGAGAACAAUACAGCCUUGAGUCACACACUAACCAGGCAGUGUGUGUCACUCUGUGCAAGUCAUCUAUGAUGUGAUGUGUUCAGUGAUAUUGAUACUACCAGAACAUUUUUGGUAGUUUUAUAUUCACAAAAACUGUUAAACCACUGUUGCAAGGACCUGUGGAAGAGUUUAAAUGUGAAGGUUUUGCUAACCUUGUGAAUGCAAACCAAUUAUAAAACAGGGAAAUGUAGCCUACACACAAUAGCUGACUGGGCCGGAAAGUUUUCCUCUAGUGGAUUUUUAUUCCUUCAUUACUACUGAUAUGUGAUUGAGGUAGAAAUAUUAGAUGUAAAUUAUAACCUUUAAAUGAUUCCAGUGCUUCAGACAUUUUUCACACGUGGCUUUAUUUAGCUGCUCUUUUACUGGACCUUUAAAGGUAGUAACUCUUUAAACGUAAUGGGAUAGUUCAGCGAAAUUAUGUGCUCAGAUAUUUGUUUCCUUACCUCGUAAGCAGUCUGUGAACUUGUCUAAUUAGUGACUGCAAUCCACACUUUGGUUUUGACAGAGAAGUCACUGCCAAGAAAUGCUAAUGUUCGGGUGAAAAACGUUAUUUUACUCAGACUAGAGUUUGUCUGAAGUUACACAUCACACUAUUCCAACAGUUUGACUGUUUUGGAAUAAAAUGUUUAAUAUAUUUAAACAUCCUUUGUAUUGCAUGCUUAUUGAUGUGUUCUAGGAGACAAUGUCUACCAAUGGUAUGCCCAUCUUUUUGUGAGAAAUUACACUGGUCACGCAAAACAUUUUCUAAAGUAUUUGUAAAGUAUAAAUAGCCCACACUCGAUUAGGCCACGCAAGACUGUCAAUGGUGGGUGUAGCUGGUGCAUGGAAGUCAGGUCGCAGGAGAGCAGAGUUGAGUGAACACGAAGCACUUUACUGAGGCAAAUAGUAAGACCAGAACGCAACAGAGUCACCAAAACCAAAUGCCCAAAACAAGUAAGGCAGCACAAAGUACCACAAACAAAGUACAAAGUACAGGCUGCCCCAACACACAGGUAUACAUAAAGCCUGGCGCUAACCAGCCGGAAGCGUGCCAACCUCGACAAUAAACAAUACCCCACACAGACAUGGAGGGAACAGACGGCUGAAUACGCAUAGUAAUGAUGAUGAGAUGUAAACCAGGUGUGCAGGAAAACAAGACAAAAUAAUGGAAAAUGAAAAGUGGAGCUGCGAUGGCUAGAAGAUCGGUGAUGUCGACCACCGAACGCUGCCCGAACAAGGAGAGGGACCGACUUCGGCAGAAGUUGUGACAAAGAUUGUAAAUUGUUUAUAAGGACCAAUAUUAAACAUUGUAUGAAUGGAGUAAUGAUUAACAAAUGCAAAAAAAACUAUGUACAAAUCCAUUAUGAAUGGUUAUUACGUGGAGUUAUUAGAAAGUGCUACCGGUGUAGGCUCUCUAGGAACUCUGGAGGAGCUGAUUGUCUGGAGGGAAUAGAGACGUGCCUUUCUUCCUUUCGUCAUUAACAAGACAAACAUGCGUGAGAGGAGGCCAACUAGCUGUGGUCCCCCUAAACUGUUUAAUGUGUUGAAGAAUUAAGAACUCCUCAAACCCGCAACAUGAAAAGGCCCUUCUUGCACUUGGGUCUUUCUAUAAACUAGGGUACCAGUGAGGAUUUCCUACACUGGACAACUUGUUACAACUGUUAAUAAGUCAUUGAUAAUAAUCAGACAAUUUUUUUCAUGUCGUUCCAUUAGAAUGUAAGGGGGAAUCAUAGCUAUUUUCAAUAUAAAUGUAUUUAAAUGUAUUUUUAAAUGUGUUUAACCCUUUAAAUUGUGUGACAUAAAACAGUACUUUUCUGUCCUUGCAUUUAUGGCAGUGUAAGUUGUUGUUAUAUCAUAUAUUAAGCAUUAAUCAGUUAAAUUAGACAUUGAACUUGAACCCUGUAAGAAUCCUGGAUCUAGCUGUCUGAAAGUUUUUUCUAUUGCGAUC